AUGUCCAGCCAGCAUCGCACAGCACGCAAGAUGGCCGAAAUCAAGGUAGAGACGGUCGAGAAGGAAGUCGCGAAAGCUCGGGAAAAGCCAUCAGAAGCCCACCAAACAAUCCAGGAAUCGAACGACGCAGAAUCUCGAGCCAAAGCCGCGGAGACCGAGGUUGAGAAUCUCAAGCAGGAGAUUGCGGAUCUGAAGCGAGGUCUCUCAGACGAAGCUAAGUGGAAUGAAGAGCGACUCGGACUGGAAUAUGAGCGUCGUUAA